AUGGACAAGGCGGCCAGCCCCGGGGCGGGCGCCGGCGAGGGGGCGGGCAGCGGCGCUAGCAGCCGCAGCAGCAGCCGCGCCACCUCGGCCGGCUCGUCGCCGUCGGGCUCGUGGGCGGCCCGCGGGGCCGGGGGCCGCCGGCUGGAAGGGGGGAGCCACAGCAGCCCGGGCUCGGUGGCCGCCAGCCCGUGCGGGGCGGGCGGCCGGCUGGGCAGCGGCGGCCGGAGGCGGGAGCCGGCCCUCGAGGGCGUGCUCAGCAAGUACACCAACCUCCUGCAGGGCUGGCAGAACAGGUACUUCAUGCUGGAUUUCGAGUCUGGGGUUCUGCAGUAUUUUGUGAAUGAACAAAGUAAGGGCCAGAAGCCUCGAGGAACGCUGUCUUUAGCCGGAGCCAUAGUGUCCCUGAGUGACGAAGCCCCCCACAUGUUGGUAGUGUACUCUGCGAAUGGAGAGGUGUAUAAAUUGAGAGCCGCUGAUGCUAAAGAAAAGCAGUGUUGGGUGACUCAGCUCCAGAAUUGUGCCAAGUACCACAUGGAAGCUCAUCCCAAGAGCCCUCCGAGCUCCCGGAGCCGAAGCCUGACUUUGCUCCCCCACGGAACAUCUAAUUCGUCAUCCCCCAGUAGCCAGAGACAUCUCAUCCCCGCGCCCUCCAGCGUGGUCACCGUCACCCACCACAAGUCACCCGCUACUGCCCGAAGAUCAAAGAGUCAGUAUUCUGCCCAGCUCCAUGACGUCCGAGAGAUGAUGAGCCAAGUGGAAGGGCAGCAGAAGACCCUCGUCCGAGCCAUCGAGGCCUUGCCGGGCUCAGGCCCCCUCACGGCCUUGGACCAGGACCUGCUGCUGCUCAAAGCUACCUCGGCCGCCACCCUCAGCUGCCUCGGAGAGUGCCUGAGCCUGCUGCAACAGAGCAUCCACCAGGUGGGCCAAUAUAGCCACAGGACGGGGCCUUCAGAAAACCCGGGAUGGCAGGGGCCCAAGUCACAUUCCACAGAGCGAGUGAAAAACGGGGCGGUGGGCUUGCCGCCGUCCUCCCACGCCACCGUCACGUGGGCAGCCUUGCCCGCCCCCACCGCCAGCAAAGACGUGCUGUCCAAAUCGGAGCCCAAGGUUGAAGAAGAAAAGGAAAUAUCAACAUACUCCCAGCACUGGGGUGAGCAACAGCUUCUUCCCGCAUAUACGCCAACUUCUCAACACCAAAUUACAUCUUCUCCAUCAGUGAUCCAACAAGAACCAAAAAUCGGGAGUACCUCGAGCAGUCAGUUGUCAAGUCCGCGGGGACUGGAAGGGACCUCAGGAGGCAGCUACUCCAACCCCCAGGGAUCGGCUUCCCAAGAAAAUAGAGCAAAUGAGGAAGAAACUGAUGAUGAGGAAAAUGGGGAAGAGAAUGCAGAGAACUCAGAGGACCACCACAGCAUCGUGCUCCAUUUGAUCUCCCAGCUCCGAUUCGGGAUGGACCUCACCAAAGUUGCGCUCCCCACGUUCAUCUUGGAGACGAGGUCCCUCCUGGAGAUGUUCGCCAACUUCAUGGCCCACCCUGACCUGCUGCUGUCCAUCGGCUCGGCGGCCACCCCCGAGGAACGGGCCAUCUCCUUUGUGGAGUACUAUCUGACGUCGUUCCGCGAGGGCCGCAAGGGCCAAGUGGCCAAGAAACCGUACAACCCCAUCCUGGGGGAGAUCUUCCACUGCUCCUGGGACGUCCCCAAGGACCAGGUCAAGCCCCUGCUACGGGAGCAGAGCGACACGGAAGUCCCGGCGCCCAGCACAGAGCCGGACCCAGAGCACUCCCCGCGGGAGCGGUACAAGCUCAGGUUCGUGGCCGAGCAGGUGUCCCACCACCCCCCGGUGUCCUGUUUUUACUGUGAGUGCAAGGAGCGAGGAAUGUUUGUGAACACCCACGUGUGGACCAAAAGCAAGUUCAUGGGCAUGUCCGUGGGGGUGUCCUUGCUUGGGGAAGGUGUUCUGCGGCUUUUGGAUUAUGAGGAAGACUAUAUAUUCACAUUGCCUAAUGCUUAUGCACGCUCGAUCCUGACCAUCCCCUGGGUGGAGCUUGGCGGUAAAGUCACCAUGGAAUGUGCCAAGACCGGCUACACUGCGCUGGUCACCUUCCAUACCAAGCCUUUCUAUGGAGGGAAAGUCCACAGAGUCACGGCGGAAGUGAAGCACAAGCCAAGCAACAGGGUGGUGUGCAAGGCCCAGGGCGAAUGGAACGGCGUCCUGGAGUUCACUUACAGCAACGGGGAGACCAAGCUCAUCAACACGGCCGCUCUGCCGGUCUACCCCAAGAGGGUCCGGCCCAUUGAGAAGCAAGAGCCCAUGGAGUCCAGGAACCUCUGGCAGGAAGUCACCAACUCCAUCAAAGUGGGGGACAUGAACUCGGCCACGGAGUUCAAGCGGAACCUGGAGGACAAGCAGCGCAGGGAGGAGCAGGAGCGGGCGAGCCGCAAAGCUGAGUGGCGGCCGAGGUAUUUUAACAAGCAGGGUGAAGGCUGGAUGUAUAGAGACCCUCUGUUGAAAGGCCAGUGAGGAGGAGAAAAUGCAGUGUUCUCCCCAAAUAGACCUGUCUUUUUAUAGGCAUUAAAAUGGUGCCAUAUAUGAGGGUCAGGUGGUUUUGGCAAAGUCCUGUUGGGCAUAUUCAAAAGGGGGAAAGUUUUUUUGUUUGUUUUGAUCUUUUUUUUUUUUUUUUUUGAGAGAAAAGUUGUGUGUAUGAGUAGUGCCCCUCUGAACUACUAUGCCUUUGGAUCCUUGGGAGCUGUUUGGGAUCUAUGCAUGCAUAUGUAGAUGAGAGAGAGGGGCACACUGAGAGACUGAUCGUGUGCGUGUGGAUGAGCAAGAGAGCUCUGUUUGUAGUUUAUAUUCACAUAUAUACCAUAUACAGGUGUAGACUGAAUAUUAUUACUACACAUGUAAAUGUGACAUGUAUGUACUACCAAGAAUUAGCUUUGAUAACUAUGAGUCUUUUAUGAAUGAUGGUCAACGUUUUCUAUUUUUUCACUUUGCCUAAAAUUUACAAUGCCCUUAAAAUAGGGAUAUCUUACUGGUAGUCACCUCCAUGUCCAAAUGAUGACGAAUUGACCCUUUCCAUCUGACCACAUCACAUCCAUUUGGUCCAUAGAAGAGCUCAUCUUUUUGGAGGGGUGAUAGUUGGGCGAGCCUAUGGGAUCACUUCCUGCUCUGUGCCAUACCAAGUAAGCAACUCUGGCCCCUGACCCUUGCAAAUUCUGGUCAUCGAGUUCCUGGGAUAAGCUUCCAAAAACUGAUUCAUGCACGGUCAACUAACUGUUAGCUCAGUGGAUAAAAGGGCCCUUGAGUAAAAAAAAAAAAAAAAAAAAAAAUUGCAAUGAGGCAAGGGGGGGAAAAGUGUUGGACCUCCGCCUUCCAGGAUGAAGGUCAAGGUAGGGCCCUGAGCCCUUUCUCUUGGCUGAUGACUGCCACAAUCUAUACCCCAUUCGAGGACUGGUUUUCCAUCUGCCUGAUUAAUUUUUUUAUCAUUUUUCUCCUGGUAAAGAGAAACUGAAUCUAACCUUUCUCAGAUACUACUAUUUUCACAGUGGAACUCAAAUUAUUUGGAAAUAACUACUUUUGUGGUUUUAAAAACACACCAAUGGCCAGGAUUUUUUUUUUUUAAGGAUUUUGGGUUUUUUGGGGGGAGGGUGAGGGAGAAGAAUGAAAGAGAGGGGUCCUCGUGGGUGUUUUUUAAAAUGCACAUUUCUACUUUAAACUGAACGCUGGCAAGAAAACCACUGUGAUUACAAAUAAACACAACCUGGAAACACCAACAUUA